GCCCACCCCGAGCUCUGUGCCGCGGCUCCACUGCCCCAGAGGCGCCCGAGCAGCCGAGCAGGGAGGAUCCCGGAGCUGCAUCCACAGCCAACAGCAUCCAUCUGUGCCAGCACCUCUCCCAGGACCUGCAGCAAGCUACCAGGAUGGCCGAGGUGACCACUGCCCCCACCGAGACCCACACGCUCCUGAACGAGUACAAGGACUACCACAACUGGUCCGAGCUCUUCCACCUCCUGAACUACACCUACACCUUCUGCGAGUUCAGCCUGGAUGAGAACGUCAAGCGGGUGAUCCUCUUCAUCCUUUACCUCGUCAUCUUCGUGGUGGGCUUGGUGGAGAACCUCCUCGUCAUCUGGGUCAACUGGCAGACACGGGGCAACAAGAGCUUGGUCAACCUCUACAUCAUCAACAUGGCCAUUGCUGACCUGGGAGUGCUGCUCUCGCUGCCCAUCUGGAUGCUGGAGGUGAUGCUGGAUUACACUUGGCUCUGGGGCAGCUUCCUCUGCCGCUUCACGCACUACUUCUACUUCGCCAACAUGUACGCCAGCAUCUUCUUCCUCACCUGCCUGAGCGUGGACCGCUACGUGUCCCUGACCAGCUCCUCCCUCUUCUGGCGCAAGCACCAGCACCGCGCUCGCCGCAUUGUCUGCGCCUGCAGUUGGCUCUUGGCAGCAGCGAUCCCAUUCCUGGAGGUCACCCACAUGCAGCUGGUCAACACCGGGGAGCCCAUCUGCAUCUUCAUGGCCCCCUUCGAGACCUACGACGAGUGGGCGCUGGCGGUCAGCUUGGCCACCACCACCAUUGGGUUCGUCAUCCCCUUCCCCAUCAUCACCGUUUUCAACGUCCUGACGGCCAGGUUCAUCAAGCGCACCAAGCCGGAGAGCAGGAAGCACUGUCUGCUCAUCUACGCCUAUAUCCUCGUCUUCCUCGUCAGCUGGCUGCCCUUCCACAUCAUGCUCACGCUGCUCACCCUCGAUGGCAACCACAUCAUCCUCCACUGCACCUUCGCCCACUUCCUCUACUUCUUCUACGACAUCAUCGACUGCUUCACGCUGCUCCACUGUGUCAUCAACCCAAUCCUCUACAACUUCCUCAGCAAGAACUUCCGCAGCAAGCUCAUCUCUGCCGUGGUCAAGUACAUCCCCAAGGACCAGGGCAACCAGAAGGGCGCAGACAACUCCUCCUCCACCACGCAGCACUCCAUAGUCAUCGCAAAGGACAACAACCCUCCCAACUAAAGGGGAUCGGACUCUCCUGCUCAGCACUGAGGUCGGUAAGGUUGGUUUUCCCUUGGUGAUAAGAGGACUCUUUGCUCUUAAACACUUCUUGGCUGGUCACCUCCUGUGCUCUGGAGCAGGGCUGGGGGCUAAAUGUGGACUGAGGUGGUGUGGGGAGCUACAGACAUUUUGCCUCUGCUGUGCUGCUGCAUCCCAUCUACUUAGCGACAGAAAGAAUAAGAGAAAGAGAUCCUUCCUGUUGCCCGACAGAAACACUUGCAGAGCUGAAGUGCUUUACUCAGCAGUCUGAACACAAGCCCAGCCCUUGGGACCUGACCCAUGUCCCCCCCCCAGCCAUGGGCACACAAAUCCUUUCCCUUCACAAGUCUUUCUUCAGCCCCUGACUGUCAUAGAAUCAUAGAGUCAUAAUCAUAGAACCGUAGAAUCAUAGAAUCAGCUGCGUUGGAAGAGACCUUAAAGACCAUCAAGUCCAACCAUUCCCCACACACAAGCCCUGGAUGCUGCCCCUCUGCCGUGAUGCCAACCCCAGCAGGACGGAGGGAAUUAAUUCCUUUGGAACACGCUCCCCAUGCCCAGCAAAGGACUCAAAGCCUGAUUGUACAGAGAUGGAGGCGACGUGACCCCAAGGGGCUGAGCUUCAACCAGGGGAGGAAGGAUUUGGGACCAGCAGCUUGCUGAGAGCAAACCCAGCAGUAAACUAGUGAUGGUUAAAGCUGGGUUUGACCAGGCAUGGCCACAGAGGUGGGGUUCCCACUCUGUGUUCUGCAACCAACCUCCUCCACAGCAUCUCUGGGCAGGUUUUAAGGCCACUCGUUGUGUUUCCAAGCAUCUAAACAGCCUCCGGUGGCUCCUUUUGAUGCAAGCAUCCCCUGUGGGAACACAGAAUUCCUGAGAGCUGGAACGUGGGGUUUGGCCGUGUAAGAAACCGGAGCAUCCGGAGAAAGUUCAUCAUUGUCCGGGUUCCGCCGUCACGUGCUGCGGGUCAAGCCCUCGGCAGGGAAGGUGAAGGAGCGGCGCUCGUUGUGAGGCCAUAAAUCUACCAAAGGCCUUGAGCUGCUCCAGAAACACGUCUUUAAAAGAGCAAAGCGUAAGCAAAUCCAGGGACAGGAUGUGGCGGCGCAGGGUGGGGAGCAGGAUAUCCCGGGAUAUGCGGGAGAAGCCCAUGGCCAGGGGUUAACACGGGCGCUGCGUUAUCACCGGGAGCAGCUCUGCUGUUGACAGGGUAAAUCACUGCCUGCCUGCACUGAGAUGUUCCCUCUUGCUGCCAGGCUGAGAGCAGAAGCCAAAUCCAUCUCAUAGACACGAGAUGUGCUGUGGCUGGGGAUGAAGCUGGUUCCCUUAGACAUAGAAUCAUGGAACGGUUUGGGUUGGAAAGGACCUCAAGAUCACCCAGUUGCAACCCCCUGCCAUGGGCAGGGAUGCCUCACACUAGACCAUGUCCAACCUGGCCUUGAACACUGCCAGGGAUGGAGCAUUGACCACUUCUUUGGGCAACAUGUGCCAGUGUCCCACCACUCUCACAGGGACGAGCUUCUUCCUUGUCUCCAACCUGAACUUCCCCUGUUUCAGCUUAAACCCAUCACCUCCUGUCCUGUCGCUCCAGUCCCUGUUCACAUCCCAGUGUCCUGCUCAGGGAGCAACUCGCGCCGUUCCUCUUCCUUAUGUUCCUUACCCCCAGUUUCACAUCUUGUAAGCGUAGAGCUACUUAGACUGUGAGCCCCUGGGGCAGAGGCUGGCCUUGGGGAUCUGCACUGUCCCAGCACCUUCAUCCCCAUCACCAUCCUGAGCACAAGGCAAAGCCCCAAAACCAGUGAAUGUGAAGCAGCUUCACACCAACAUGAGCCCCAGCUCUGAUCCUGAACCUUCCCUUCUGCUAAUGCCAAUCCCAAUGAAGAAAUGGAAGAUCAGUAACCAGACACUCGAUGUGUGCCAUAACCAGGACAAUAUAUUCAAGUUUGAACAUGUAAAAUCUGGUAUUUGACCUAAUAAACUUUCUUCUUUUUAUAAGAA